AUGGAAGCAACAACAGCAACAAAAGGCGACGAAAUCGUGGAUGUGAGGACUGUGGUGGAAGCUAUUUCUGCCGCCGAAGACGACAGCCUUGACGCCCCUCUCUACCAGGUCGAAAGCCUCUGUAUGCGUUGCGGCGAAAACGGAAUAACCAGGUUUUUAUUAACGUUGAUUCCUCAUUUUAGGAAGGUCUUGUUAUCCGCCUUUGAAUGUCCGCAUUGUGGUGAGAGGAACAAUGAAGUGCAGUUUGCUGGUGAGAUCCAGCCCCGUGGGUGUUAUUAUUGCCUUGACAUUCCUUCUGGUGAUCAAAAGAUGUUCAAUCGUCAAGUCGUGAAAUCAGAAACUGCUACUAUUAAGAUUCCUGAACUGGACUUUGAGAUCCCUCCAGAGGCUCAGCGUGGAUCUUUAUCAACAGUGGAAGGAAUAUUAGUAAGAGCUGUGGAUGAACUACAAGCCCUACAAGUAGAGCGAAAGGAAGUGGAUCCUCAGACUGCUGAAGCAAUAGACAUGUUCUUGGUAAAAUUGAAAGCUUGCGCAUCUGGAGAUUCAUCGUUUACCUUCAGUCUUGAUGAUCCUGCUGGCAACAGCUUCAUUGAGAACCCGUUAGCUCCAUCUCCGGACCCAUCAUUGACUAUUAAGUUCUACGAGCGAACUCCUGAGCAACAAGCAUCAUUAGGUUACGCUGUUGAUCCAUCACAAGUUCGGGAACCUGGUGUGACCACUGAAUUGGAGGAAAUAAACCAAGUCCCUGACCAAUUGAAAAGAGAGCCACAUGGAUCAGUUGGAGCAAGAGGAGGUCAACGAGCUAUUGCUCAGGGUAAUAGUGCAGAAAUUGCUGAAGCUUUGUUUCGUUACUCUGCACCGGAAGAGGUGAUGACUUUUCCAUCAACAUGUGGAGCUUGUGGUGCCAGGUGUGAAACUCGAAUGUUUGUCACCAGUAUCCUCCUACUUCUUUGCUGUCAUUGA